CCCAAAAUUCCCUACGUGCUACGGCACGCACUUAUGUGCUUGGCCUGCACCCUGUCCUGCUAUAUCACCCGCAGCCCCUUUCGCACACUACGAUCAGCUGGUCGCGCAAGCGCUUUCCACCACUGAUUCAGUGUUUGCGAAAAUAGAAAGCGCGGGUGAAAAAAAUUUGGCAACUGCUAAACAAACAACGAGUGGAAAGUAAUAAGAGGCAGAGAUGCCUCCCCUCCCUCACCUACGACCGGCCCCUGCCUGGCCGCCAAUCCUGUUGGGGAUAGAUUCCCAAGCUGCUCCUGGAUGUCGUCCACGGCCUUCCGUCCACCAGCUGAUGUCCAGAGCGACGCAGGACCUGCUAGCACAGACGGUCAUCGAGCAGCAGGCUGAGGUGGCAAUACUCAGCGAGCCCUACAAGGACAAGCAUGAAGGCGUAUGGCAACGUAGUUCGGACGGCAGAGCAGCAAUAUGGAGCUGCGGGCAGCCCCCUGGACACCUAUCGCAAAGGGAAACACACAACAACCAGCACCAAAGAACCAGCAACAGCAGCAGCAGCAACACCCUAUGAUGAAGCAGACAACGACGGCGUUUCAAAAACACCACUAAUACCAAAAUAUGUCUAUCAUGUUAACAUUACUAAUAUAUCUUUACUAUUGCUUUUGUUAAUCUAUAUUGCAAUUGUAAUAUUUCAAAUAGUCUUUUCUUGUUAUAUAGACUGCAUCAAUGCUGCGAUGAUUAACGAUGCAGCAGCAGCAGUUCGAAAUAAUAAUAAUAAUAAUCACGAACUUAAUAAUG